AUGACCUUAAGGAGUGGCAAGGAAGUUCAAGGACCCGAACCGGUGGUUCUUAAAGACAAGGACGAGGAACGGAUUGAGAAAGAAUUGGAAGAGGAGGGCACAGACAACAAAAAUGCAAAGGUACCCUCGAACCCAAUUCCUACAACUAAAACUAAUCCACCUCCCUUUCCUAGCAGGUUAGAGAAACCAAAGAAGCAAGACAAGGAAAAAGAGGUCUUGGAGAUCUUUCGCAAGGUGGAGAUCAACAUACCCCUGCUGGAUGCGAUUAAACAAGUACCCAGGUACGCAAAAUUUUUGAGGGACCUGUGUGCCAACCGCAAGCGGUUAAAGGGGGAUGAACGAGUUAUAGUUGGGGAGAAUGUUUCAGCAAUUCUACAAAGGAAACUUCCACCAAAAUGCGGAGAUCCAGGCCCUUUGAAAGAGACUGGGAUAAUAAUCCAAUUAGCUGACAGGACCAAUGCAUACCCUGACGGGUUGAUUGAAGAUGUUUUGGAGGUUUUUGAAAUUGAAGGCAGGGAUGAACUAGAGGUCGUCCUGACCAGGCACUUUGAGUCCGAAACAACCUCUAGGGUAGAGUUGAGUGAAGAGCUUAAAUGCGUGAUUGGAUCGUUGCAAACGUUACCAACCACGAAGACAAGGUAUGAUCUUGCACCGAUUUUCAUACCCGAAUCUCAUCAAAGGUUACUUCCAUCUGUGGUGCAGGCACCUGUCUUGGAACUAAAACCACUGCCGAAACACCUAAAGUAUGUAUACUUAGGUGAAGGGGAGACACUUCCAGUGAUCAUCUCCGCGGGUUUAUCAAAGGUUCAAGAAGAGAAACUACUUCGAGUUCUUAGGGAACACAAGCAGGCGAUAGGAUGGACCAUCGCCGACAUCAAGGGAAUUAGCCCUGCGGUGUGUAUGCACCGAAUUCGACUCGAGGAGAAUGCUAAACCCGUACGGCAAGCUCAACGGAGAUUAAAUCCUCUCAUGAUGGAGGUCGUAAAGAAAGAGAUUUUAAAACUGCUGGACGUUGGAAUUAUAUUUGCAAUAUCAGAUAGCCCGUGGGUAAGUCCAGUACAGGUGGUCCCGAAGAAGGCAGGGGUGACAGUGGAAUCAAACCAAGAGGAAUAUGUUGAGAAGAUUAUUGAGGUUUUCAUGGACGAUUUUAGUGUAUAUGGUAUUGAGGUUGAUAAGGCAAAAAUAGAUGUUAUAUCUACUUUACCUUACCCCGCGAGUGUGCGGGAAGUUCGUUCCUUCUUGGGUCACGCAGGUUUCUAUAGAAGGUUCAUCAAGGACUUCUCAAAAAUUGGAGCACCCUUGUUCCAACUUUUGCAAAAAGAUGUAUCCUUCGAAUUUGAUGAAACAUGUAAGGGGGCAUUCAAUAAGUUAAAGGAGUUAUUGACCACCUCACCUAUUAUCCAACCCCCUGACUGGAACCUCCCAUUCGAGAUCAUGUGCGACGCCAGUGACUAUGCAGUUGGUGCGGUAUUGGGUCAAAGAGUAGGAAAAGCAGCUCAUGCUAUUUACUACGCAUCUCGAGCCUUGAACGGAGCUCAAUUGAACUAUUCAACCACCGAAAAGGAGCUUUUAGCAAUUAUUUUUGCCUUAGAGAAAUUUCGGUCUUAUUUACUUGGUGCUAAAGUUAUUAUUUUUUCUGAUCAUGCAGCUUUGCGGUAUCUGCUGACCAAAAAAGAGGCAAAACCGCGAUUGAUACGGUGGAUAUUGUUGCUACAGGAGUUCAACCUGGAGAUCCGAGAUAAGAAAGGGGCGGAGAAUCUGGUAGCAGAUCACUUGAGUCGAGUACAAGUCAUCGAAGAUGACAUCCCAUUGAGAGAAGCAUUCCCCGAGGAGCAUUUAUUUUAUAUUAACUCAUCUUUGCCUUGGAGAUAUGGUGUCUUGCACAAAGUCUCUACAUCAUACCAUCCUCAGACAAAUGGUCAGGCGGAAACAUCGAACCGAGAGAUCAAAUCAAUUCUAGAAAAGAUGGUCCGACCCGAUAGGAAGGAUUGGAGUGUGAGACUAGAUGAUGCACUAUGGGCAUAUAGGACAGCAUACAAGACACCCAUUGGCAUGUCCCCUUACCGAUUGGUAUUUGGAAAGCCAUGUCAUCUCCCGGUCGAGUUUGAGCAUAGAGCAUUUUGGGCGGUCAAACAAUGCAACAUGGAUAUCGAGGAAGGCGGAAUUCAAAGAAAGUUACAAUUACUAGAGUUGGAAGAAAUUCGAAAUGAAGCAUACGAGAAUGCAGUGAUCUAUAAGGAGAAGAAUCAGAUCUUUCAUGACCAACAGAUCUCUAGGAAGACAUUCGUCUGUGGGCAAAAAGUUUUACUAUACCACUCCAAAUUGAAACUAUUUCCAGCAACUGUUGUCUAUUGUGGUUUGGAGUGCAAUUUGGAAAGAAUGGUGAAACCACGAUCCCGACCCUUUGACCUCCGCUCCGCCUCCUCCAACUACAGGUGCUAA